ACCAGCCUCGUAUUCGUACACAUGUACAAACAGUGUCGCUCAAAUUAGCAACAUGACUUUGAGAUCAGCCAUUUCUGCCGGCGGAACAGAACAAACCUCCGAUGCGACCCUCACGACAGGGUCGCUUUUGAUUGCCAGUGGGGACGGUGAUGGUGUGUGCGAGUGGGUUUGCGGUAUAUAAACUCGCCCAAAGCCCCUAGGAAUUGACACCACAUCAAGCCACUCACCGCAAGUCAACGACUGAGCAUCUCUCCAAACCAAACUGCAUAUUACAUCGACCUUUGUACUUCAACUUGUUCAUCACCACAUACCGCCACCAUGCGUUUCACCUCUCUCGCAACAUCUCUCGCCACCCUUUCUGCUGCCUCAGCCCGCAUCAUCGGCAUCGCAGCCCCCGCCACACUUGCUCCCAACAGCACAUUCACACUCACUCUCCUGACGGAAAACUACAUUCAAACCGUUGCCGACAUCUCCGUAGCCUGGGGCUACACCCUAGCUCCCGGCUACGCCGCGACCCUGGGCUCCUUCGUCCAGAGCUCGUACCUCGGUCCCAGUGAGAGCAACACUCUCGAGAACGUCACAGUUGAGGCGACGGUGCCGGCGGCGCUGGCAGGCGACGCGUACAAUGGCACACUAAUUCUGAGUGCGGGCGUGACGAGUUUGUACGGCGCCAGCAGCUCGCCAGUGGUUACGGGUUUCAACAUUAGCGUCACGGUUGGAGCUGAGACCAGCGAGGAGCUUGUAAGGAGUGUCGGCCAGAGCUGGAUUGUGAACGGCCUUGGUCCGGUUUAAGGGUCCCUCUCGACAUCUGAUAAGUGGGGACUUUGUGUUCAUGAAUUGAGAUAGUAGAUUAUGUAUAUAUGUUCGCUUCAUCCUCAUUAUCAAGUCAACCAAUGUGAUUCACGUGCUAUGGGCCCAAACUUUGCAAUCUCAGAUGGCCUCCUAAGACCACCACCUUGUCCUAUCUUCUCGGAGCAGACGAAACCCUGUCAUCCCGAUUUCCGUGCUUGAA